CCCCGCCCCGCAGUCUUCAGUAUCUUCCGCCCAGACAGGCUUCUCCUCAUCCUGCGCUGCGCCCUCCCGGCCUGGGGCGUCGCGGUACCCGCCUCCGCGCUGCGCACAGACCCCCCACACCCUCGCCGCACCUACUCCGGCGCUCCGGCGCGGGCGGGAGGCGGAGCGGAGGGGUCGGGGGCGGUGUCGCCUCAGCCCAGGAGCUGCAGGUGGCGGGGGCGGCGGCGCUGGAGGUCCCCGAGAUAUGGCCGCCUCGGUGUUCUGCUGCCUGCGGUGCUGCAGAGAUGGCGGGACGGGCCACAUCCCUCUGAAGGAGAUGCCGGCCGUGCAGCUGGACACGCAGCACAUGGGAACUGACGUCGUCAUUGUAAAAAAUGGAAGACGAAUAUGUGGAACAGGAGGUUGUUUAGCCAGUGCACCUUUACAUCAAAACAAAAGCUACUUCGAAUUCAAAAUCCAGUCCACAGGAAUCUGGGGUAUUGGCGUUGCAACUCAGAAAGUUAACUUGAAUCAGAUCCCCCUUGGCCGAGAUGUACACAGUCUGGUGAUGAGAAAUGAUGGAGCCCUAUACCACAACAACGAGGAGAAAAACAGGCUGCCGGCAAACAGCCUUCCACAGGAGGGAGACGUGGUGGGUAUUACAUAUGACCAUGUAGAAUUAAAUGUAUAUUUGAAUGGAAAAAACAUGCAUUGUCCAGCAUCAGGUAUACGAGGGACAGUGUAUCCAGUUGUUUAUGUUGAUGACAGUGCAAUUUUGGAUUGCCAGUUCAGUGAAUUUUAUCAUACUCCUCCACCUGGUUUUGAAAAGAUAUUAUUUGAACAGCAGAUCUUCUGAAUGUAUUUGGUUUUGAAACUUGUAUUUCUGCACUGUUGAAAGUGUUUACCAUUUAAUAAAGCUUUACCUGACGUAUAGAUGAAAAUAUAUUCUUAAAAAUAUGCUUGUUAGUAUUGUCUAAGGAACCAGUGAAUACACUAUACCACCCUGAAGUUGUGAUUUAAAAUACUUAGGUUUUGUGAUAUGAAAUCAGCAUUUGGGGCGGUUUAUUUAACUCUUAUUUAAAUAAAUAUAACUGUGGGUUUAAUUAACAGUAUUAAAUGGAAAUAUGUAUAUAGAUAUUUAAAAGGGAGUCUUUCUUAAUGUAAAAUAUUUGUAUUGAUAGAGACAGAGUCGGGUGGGUUUUUUGGUCAUUCUGAUGUUUAGACCUCAUUAACUGUUUUAAGUCUGCAGUCCAAUAAUUUUGUGUCUCAGUGUCUUUUUUUAUAUAGAGUAUAACAAAGUAACAAAUUUAUAUUAUUGGCAACUUCAGUUUUGGCAAUUUAGUUACCAUAAAAUGUACCACUUUAAAAAUGUUAACUGCUUGUUUUGUUUGUAUGCUGUUGUUUUUAAUUUUCUUUGUGAAAGGAGAUAAAUGUGAUAGUAAUUAUUGGAGCAUUUUGUUGAAGACCAUCAUGCUGUGUUACUUCAAUACCUGUGUAAGUAGUGGUUGACUGGUGACAUAGUGUACACAGCAGACAUUUAGAAUAGUAUGAUGCCUUCAGUUUAAAUGGAAAUGAGAUUAUUCUUUUAAGGAUUUUAAUUUAAAUGUGCAUUUUUCUGUAAGGAAUAAAAUAAUAGUAAUUAAGGACUAUUCAGUACUAUAUUAAAUACAUGUUCUUCCUGUUUUGUUUAAUUAUACUGUAAAUUCACUUUGCCCUUGAUUAUUUCAGAAGUUAGAAAUAAGUGAAUCCUCUCCAUGACCCUGACUGAGCCUUUGCUUAGUUUUCAGGAAGAAUUGCUAUCCUUUAAAUACUACCCUACAAAGCUGAACAAAUCACUGUCCAUAUCUUUGGGACAGUCUCCUUUCCAGAUAGGCCAGGCCAAGGAUGCAUGCAUUUCGAUCAUUUGUCAACAUGGGAGGAGUAUGUCGUACCAGAAAAACAUGGCUUAAGAAUCAAAGGAGAUCUGAAUUGUAGUUUUGCCACCUGAUCCCAUUAUCCCCUCAGGCAAUUUCCUCAGUUUUUCUGGAUGCAGGUUCCCCAUUUAUAAAAGGGAUAGUCAUACCUUGUUGGUAAGAUUCUGUAACUGGUUAAGAUUACACAUGCAAAACACCCUCAUCAUCAUCCACAUGUAAUGAACGCAGUGUCCUUGUUGACUGCGCUCAGUGAUUUUCAUAGUGUGGCCCUUAGACCAGCAGCAUCAGCCUUACCUGACAACUUGUUAGACGUGGACAUUCAGGCCCCACCCCAAACCCAUGGAAUCAGAAACUGCUGGGGACGCACCCAGGAAUCUGUUGGAACAAGCCCUUGAGAUGAUUCUGAUCCACGCUAAAGAUUGAAAACCACUGCUCAGGAGAGAAUUCUUUGAGAAUGAUUGCUUACUAUAAAUUUUCUAAGGAUUUAAGACUAUUGUUGACACAUAGACAAGAGAAUCCUGCACAAUAUUUAUUUAUUGUUUAUUUGAUAAAAAUAUAACAAUUGUUUUUAAAACAUAGAUAUAUUUGAGUAACAUAUUUACAUAAAUCCCAAAUUUAACUCUGUAGAGACACAGAAUUGAACUAACUUUAUAUAUUUUUGCCUUUCUGACCUUGUAAUUUUAAUUAGUAAAGAACAUGGUUAUUUCAGAAAGAGAUUUAAUAUAACUACUGCUUGUGUUCUUUAUAAUAUUACCUACCUCCAAAUUAUUUUUUUAGAGCUAACCUUUUUUUUUUAAUGAUCAUGUUCUUUUCUCAAGACUGUCUUUGCUACCUCUAAUCAUACUGAAUAGGUACGGUACUAAAAUUGGUAUAUGAGUUAUGUCCAUGACAACAGUUCAAUGAAGUUUAGAUGUGCUUUUAAUCUCUAGCUAUCUAAUUUCUCCUAGGAAAAUUACCUAUAACCUCAGUCUUACCUUGAGAAAAACAUCAGAUUCAUAAAGGGGCGUCCUACAAAAUACUUGAGCAGUACUCUGAAGUGUCAUGGUCAUCAAAAACAAGGAAAAUCAGAGACACUCACACCCCAGGGAGCCUAAGGAAACAUAACAAGUCAAUGUAAUGUGCGAACCAGGAACAGAAAAGGAUAUUAGGUAAAAACUAAGGAAAUCUAAAUACAUCAUGGACUUUAGUUAAUAAUGUAUCAAUAUGUUUAUUACUUGUAAUAGAUGAACCAUAAAAAUGUAAGACGUUAUUAACGGGGGAAAUUGGAAGAGGGAACAUAUGGGAACUCUGUUCUACUGUCUCAAUUUUUCUGUGAAUCUAAACUGUUCCAAAAAAUAAAGUCGCUUUAAAAACCUA